AUGGACCUGAGGAAACAAGACAAGAUCAGCAGAGACGUCGAGAGGAGUGGCAGCUACGAUCAGGACGAUGACGAGAGCAUGGACAUGGCUCCUCCCUCCUCCCUCUCUGCCCUGCGCUCGCAGGACAAGAUCUCCUCCUCCUCCUCCUCCUCCUCCUCCUCCUCCAGCAAGGUGAUGGGAUUUCCCAACGCAACAGACACCAUAUCGACAUGGAUGCAGCGAGCCGACCUCACGCACGACGUCAACGACCCGACGUAUCAGGAGAUCAUCAGGGAGUUUCAGGAGAUAGACAGAGAAGGUCAAGAUAUGGGACCGAGUCUCUUCUCCAGCGGCGGGUCCGUCGGGGAAAUGUCGGAGGAAUCCGAAUCUUGGUACAAAUCGACCUUAAAGAGGAAUCCUGAUCCCUACGGCAUCCUUGAGAACUUCGAGAAGAAUAUCUACGCACGAGCCAAAGAGCUCAACAUGACCCUGACGGAAUACAACGAGAAGUAUGUGAAGAUCAAGGUCGAGCCGACAGUCAUGACGGUGAAGAUGACAUCUCCAAGAGAUGAUCCGAGUAUCGAGCAGGUGCUCUUGAUCUCUGACUCUUUGUCUCCUUCGCCACGACGCAAUUCAGUUACCCAGUCUACUCUCUCCUUGAACGGGUCCCAUGGAGUGACAUUGCGCAGGUACGGUCAGUUCUUCGAGGUAGAAGCCAAGGAAGACGUUGAGAUCACUGGACUCUACAUACAGUCGGGGAUUUACUGGAAGGACUUUGAGGAGGAGCUUAUGAAUGUCACCGUCUACACCCGAGAAGGGAUCUCGAGCGGGCAUGAACUGAAUGAGGGAGAUUGGACCCAAGUCGGUCAAGACCUCAACGCUCGUUUCCCCAUUGCAAACUUCACCAAGAACUCAAACCCCAAGUACGGCAAACUCACUCUCGACCAUCCCCUUGUCAUCAAGGGCGGUACCGUGAGAUCCUUCCUUGUUCACACCAACAAUGUUCGCGGGAUGGUCCUGCGGGCCAAGUAUCAGAGCAGCUGGCUACCAGGGGAAGUGACAGACUGGUCCGUUUCUUGCUGA